UCCUGGCUUCCCCGCCCCUGCGCCGGCUCCUUCCAGGUUCCUGUCGCCGCGCGCUCCCAGCCCGAAGCCACAGCCACUCCACUGCCGCCAGCGGGGCGCAUCCCGGCCACCGAGAGCCUCCGCGGGAAGCAGAUACCGGGAACCACUGAAAGUUUCUGAGGGGAGUGUGAUGCGUGGUGAUAGCUGAGCCUCCGGGAAGUGCCAUCCAAAAACCCAAAGCAUUCAUUUAUAGAGCUGGGAAACUCCCCUUCCGGCACCUGUGCUUUCUAAAGCGGCCUUGCAGGGACGGUGAUGCAGGUGAAGAAGUACCUUGUGAAGUGCCUGCACCGGCUGCAGAAGGGGCCCGGCUACACCUACCAGGAGCUGCUGGUGUGGUACUGCGACAACACCAACACGCACGGCCCCAAGCGCAUUAUCCGCGAGGGGCCCAAGAAGAAGGCCACGUGGUUCGUGCUCACCCUGCUCUUCGCCUCCCUCGUCUUCUGGCAGUGGGGCGUCUUCAUCAGGACCUACCUGAGCUGGGACGUCAGCGUCUCCCUCUCCCUGGGCUUCAAGGCCAUGUACUUCCCCGCGGUCACCAUCUGCAACUCCAGCCCCUUCCAAUAUUCCAAAGUCAGGCAUUUGCUGAAGGACCUGGAUGAACUGAUGGAGGCCGUCCUGGAGAGGAUUGUGGCGACAGAGCCAAGCCGUGCCAAUGCAACCAAGGGCCUGAAUUUCACCAUCUGGAACCACACGCCCCUGGUCCUGAUCGAUGAGCGGAACCCCCGCCACCCAGUGGUCCUGGACCUCUUUGCGGACAAUCACAACGGCUCAGCCGGCAGCAGCCCAGCCCUAAGAAGGGGCUGCAAUGCCCAGGGGUGCAAAGUGGCCAUGAGACUAUGCUCCGCCAACGGGACCGUGUGCACCUUCCGGAACUUCACCAGCGCCACCCAGGCCGUGACCGAGUGGUACACCCUGCAGGCCACCAACAUCUUCUCGCAGGUGUCGCCCCUGGAGCUGGUCAAGAUGGGCUACCCCGGCGAGCAGCUGAUCCUGGCCUGCCUGUUCGGGGCGGAGCCCUGCAGCUACAGGAACUUCACGUCCAUCUUCCUUCCUGAUUACGGCAAUUGUUACAUCUUCAACUGGGGCAUGAAGGAGAAGGCACUCCCUUCGGCCAACCCCGGAGUUGAGUUCGGCCUGAAGCUGAUCCUGGACAUAGGCCAGGAAGACUACGUGCCCUUCCUCACGUCCACGGCCGGCGCCCGGCUACUGCUCCACGAGCAGAGGUCGUACCCCUUUGUCAAGGAUGAGGGCGUCUACGCCAUGUCUGGAACGGAGACCUCCAUCGGGGUGCUGGUGGACAAGCUGGAGCGCAAAGGCAAACCCUACAGCCGGUGCACCGUGAACGGCUCUGACGUCCCCAUCCGAAACCUCUACAGUGACUACAACACGACCUACUCCAUCCAGGCCUGUAUCCGCUCGUGCUUCCAAGACCACAUGAUCCAGAACUGCACCUGUGGCCAUUACCUGUACCCGCUGCCCCACGGGGAGAAAUACUGCAACAGCCAGGAGUUCCCAGACUGGGCCUACUGCUACUCCGAGCUGCGCAGGAGUUUGGACCAGAGGGAGUCCUGCAUCCGGAUGUGUAAGGAGUCCUGCAAUGACACCCAGUACAAGAUGACCAUCUCCAUGGCCGACUGGCCUUCUGAGGCCUCUGAGGACUGGAUUUUCCAUGUCUUGUCUCAGGAGCGGGACCAAAGCACCAAUAUCACCUUGAGCAGGAAGGGGAUCGUCAAGCUCAAUAUCUACUUCCAAGAAUUCAACUACCGCACCAUUGAGGAGUCAGCAGCGUACAACAUCGUCUGGCUGCUCUCCAACCUGGGCGGCCAGUUCGGCUUCUGGAUGGGGGGCUCGGUGCUGUGCCUCAUCGAGUUCGCGGAGAUCAUCAUCGACUUCUUGUGGAUCACGGUCAUCAAGCUGGUGGCCUUCUCCAAGGGCCUGCGGCAGCGGCGGGCCCAGGCGCGCUACGCCGGCCCGCCGCCCACGGUCGCCGAGCUCGUGGAGGCCCACACCAACUUCGCCUUCCAGCCCGACCCGGCCGACCGGGGCCCGGACCCUGGCGCCUACGCGCACGAGCAGGCCCUGCCCAUCCCGGGCACCCCACCCCCCAACUACGACUCCCUGCGUCUGCAACCACUGGACGUCAUCGAGUCAGACAGUGAGGGCGAUGCCAUCUAGCCCCCGGCCCUGCCCACCCUGGGCAACCCAACAACUCGGACCUGAGAAGCCGAGACCAGUGCCCAGGGCUUCAUGUUAUCGUGCCCUCUGCAAAGGGCCAGGAUGAUGGGUGUCCCGGCCCAGGGUGUGUCCCUCCAGGAGAGGCCAGCAGCCCCUGGCCACUCCAAGGCUGAGGGCUCCAUAGGGUCAGUGCUGGGACGGAGGUGGGAAUUGUGUCCUUUGGUUCCUGCCCAGCCCCCAACCCAACCUGAGGCCAGGUCCCCGCCCCCCUGGGCUCCGGAGACCCCAGAACACCCUUCCCCGUGGACCAGCCACCUCCCUCCCAGUGCCAGUUACCAUCUGCUCCAGAGACGAAUAGGUGGGCAUGCCGUGUCGUCAGUCCCCAGAAUCGGUGCCUUUUCCUUGUGGCCUUGGCUGGCCUCUGUGGAUGGGACUGGAUGAGGGCAGUGCAAGAGCAUCAGACGUGGGGCACGGGGUGCUGCCAGGGGGCACGUUUUGUCCUAGAAAAUAAAAGUAGAA